CCCACAGGAUCGCGCGCGCCAGGCAGCCACGCGGCGCCGGUGUUUAUAAGCGGCGGAGCAGCGCGAGCGCGGACAGUACGAGCUCGGGACCGGUCUCGUGUAAAACUUCUGUGGGAAUUUUGAAGAGCGCGCGACGGAAAGAUAGAAAAAACAAGAAGAACUCAAAGAAGGCGACGACAGGGACGAUGGCCAACAAAGCGCCGCAGCCACCACUCCACCUGACCGAGGUGACCGCCUCCCAAUUCUUGGACAUCUGGAGACACUUCGACACGGACGGCAAUGGCUACAUUGAGGGGAAGGAGCUGGAGAACUUCUUUCAGGAACUGGAGAUGGCACGGAGAGGAGCUGGUGUGGACCCCACAAAUGCCUCUUUCAGAGAAAAAAUGAACGAGUUCAUGCAGAAGUUUGACAAGAACGCAGAUGGAAAGAUCGAGAUGUCAGAGCUGGCUCAGAUCCUCCCCACAGAGGAGAACUUCCUGCUGUGCUUCAGACAGUUUGUGGGCUCCAGUGCCGAGUUCAUGGCGGCAUGGCGGCGCUAUGACACGGACCGCAGUGGCUACAUUGAAGCCAAUGAGCUUAAGGGCUUCCUGUCGGACCUGCUGAAGAAGGCCAACAGACACUACGAUGACCAGAAGCUGCAUGAGUAUACACAGACCAUCCUGCGAAUGUUUGACCUCAAUGGAGAUGGGAAGCUCGGCUUGUCUGAAAUGGCCAGGCUGCUCCCAGUACAGGAGAACUUCCUCCUCAAGUUCCAGAGCCUGAAGCUGACCAGUGAGCAAUUCAAUGCCAUUUUCACUUUCUACGACAAGGAUGGAAACGGUUACAUUGAUGAGCAGGAACUGGACGCUCUGCUCAGAGACCUAUGUGAGAAGAACCGCAAGGAGAUAGACAUUCAGAACCUGACGAGCUACAAAAAGAGCAUCAUGGCUCUGUCAGAUGGGGGGAAGCUGUACCGUACGGAGCUGGAGAUCGUGCUGUGUUGGGAGCCCAUGCUCUGAGCCCUCUGACCCCUGACCUCAAAGCAACAUGUCAUUUGUAGCCCCCCCGCUGCACAUCACAUCUGUCUCCCACAUCACUAUGCUCUUCUGCAGCCAGAUGCAUGUGCCGGCUGCUCCUUCAGCCCUUCAUCUAUAAAGUCUGCUGGCCCCUCCUCUUCUCCAAACAUGUUUUGCCAUAGGCCACACCCACUCAUCUUUCUCAGCUACAGAUUAAUAUCCUAUAAUGUAAUAUUGUUUUUUUUUUACUUUACUGGACGUUUAACUAACAUGAACUGAAAAUAAAUUAAGAAAUGUCACAAAAGAAGACAAUGCUAUAGAAGAUAUGAGUAUGAAAGCAGGUAUGAGUAUGAAUAUGUAUAUGAAUUAAGUAAGAUUAGUGGAACUGUUUUGAACUCUUCGAGCAUUUCAUACUCUUCUCCCUGGAAUGUGACUGGGCACAACAAUAAAGGGACCUGGAAGCAGC